AUGCGAGCGCCUGAACUACAAAAGAAAGUGUCGAUGCUAAAUGGACUAGGUUUGGUAGUCGGCGCAAUGAUCGGGAGUGGGCUUUUUAGCUCGCCUGGUCCUAUAUUAGAAGCAAUGCAUGGCCCUGGUACGGCACUCAUUGUGUGGCUAGUGUCUGGUCUGUUGGCACUCUCGGGUGCACUAUGUUAUGCAGAAUUGGGUACUAUGCUGCCUAUGAAUGGAGGUGAGGCUGUAUACCUUGGACGUGCUUUUGGAAGCCUGGUGUCUUUUAUGUUUGAGUUUGUCAGUAUCAUUGUUCAAAAGCCUGGAAGUCUUGCAAUUGUCUGUAUUGUGUUUGGUGAAUAUGUGUCGCGGAUUAUAUUUCACGCCUACUUCUUUCAGAUUCCACACGACUCUGAUGCCGCCGUUGAGUUGGCAGAUGCGGUUAUUCCUAUAUACCUCCCGAAACUACUCGCUAUAUCUGCUCUUUUGAUUGUCAGUUUGAUCAAUGGACUAUCUAUAAGAGCGGGAAUUCUGGUUCAGGAUGUACUGACUGUGGUAAAAGUGCUUACCGCUCUGGUGAUUUCUAUCACAGGUGUAGUUGUUUUGUCAAGGGGAACAUAUUGGUCCAGUAAUGCCUUUCAAGGAGAUCCUUUCAAAGAUAUUGAUACCACAACAUUUGGGCAAUAUGCUCUUGCACUGUACUCGGGACUAUGGGCAUAUGACGGUUGGAACAACCUCAACUAUGUUUCUGGAGAGAUGAAGAACCCUCAUAAGGACCUUCCCCGUGUCAUUAUUUUUGGGAUUCCUUUAGUUAUUGUAUGUUAUUUGCUGGCAAAUGUUGCUUAUUUAGCUGCCUUGCGGCCAGAAGUGGUCAUGCACACAAAUACAGUGGCUAUGGAUUUUGGGAAAAAGGUGUUUGGGCCCGUGGGAGGAAUAUUAUUUGCGGUUUGUGUUGCGUUGAGCUGUUUUGGUACGGCCAAUGCGAGCGUUUUUACUGGCGCACGCAUUAUAUAUGUAUCUUCUAAACAGGGGCAUUUACCGACAUUCUUUGGAAAACUCAGCACUUGGACACAGACCCCCCUAAUGGCUAUUGUGCUGCAGGCUGUACUGACGAGCAUAAUGAUUCUGCUCGGAUCCUUCCGUGGUCUUGUCAACUUCUACUCGUUGUGUGCAUGGAUUUUUUAUUUCUUGGCCGUGUUAUCUUUGCUUGUAUUCCGUUACAAAGAGCCAGAACUAAAGAGACCGUAUCGUGUUUGGCUAACAACACCCGUGCUUUUUUGCAUUGUUGCUAUGUUUCUGUGUACUAUGCCAUUUAUUGAGGCACCUUUUGAGAGUCUUGCAGCAAUUGGAUUUGUAGUACUGGCAAUUCCUAUAUGGUUACUGCAAGUCAAGUACAAGCAGAAAUUGGCAGGAUUGUGGGCAGGUAAAGUGUGGCAUGGUAAAAACACUUGA